AUGACGGGCGGGCGAUCACCUUCUUCACCAUGGGUGCAGAGUGCACAAGGAUGUUCCCGCGACAGAACCGCACCCUUUCAUCCAACCCUAUCUCCAUCCAACACUGGCCUGCAAUCCAGUGGUGAACGGUCCAGUCCCAACUACUUUGGCAUCGCCGUUGAGAACUCCAACCCAUCCACCUCAAGCCCGGGUCUGCAUACUCAGAAGAACUGGGGCUCAUUACCACGGGCACAUUCGGCCCUCCCCAGCCCGAAACUACAUCUGUAUUCACAAGAGUCGGUGUCGGAAGGCCUGGUAAAUUUGCUAAGAACCGAGUCGAAAGUCGAUAAGGGACGCCGAGAAUCGGCCUUUCAGGGCCGUCCUUCGAACGGCGAUGGACACACGGCCUCAAUGGAGUCCUAUCAUGCGCAUCCUCACGGACAAAAUUGUGAGGCCACUAGCCGGGUACAGGAACACUCCAAUGGGCGUGGGCCGACGAUGACGAAAACCACGGCUACCUCCCCACAAAAUUCUUUGUCCGGUUCAUCUCAGUGGAUCUCCGACGAGCAGUGCGCUCACCUACUUCAAAGCUCUUCGCAGGAUAUUCUGUUGCUGGAUGUUCGCCCUUACGCCCAUUUUUCGCAGGCCAAUAUCAAUGGAUCCUUGAAUCUCUGUAUCCCUACCACUCUUCUCAAGCGUCGCUCUUUCGAUACCCAAAAGCUUGCAGCCACCUUCACAAGCGACGCUGAUAAGAAAAAUUUCGGUCGCUGGAAGGAAUGCAAAACAAUUAUUGUCUAUGAUGCAGCCACAACCGACGUUAAAGACGCUGUACCGCUCCUGAACGUGAUCAACAAGUUUCAAGCAGAGGACUGGAAUGGUCAAGGACUGGUCUUGCAAAAUGGCUUCAAGGGCUUUUCUGAUCGGUUUCCUCGCUUGAUUCACCGGCCACAAUUGCGGACUGAAGUUUCUCCAAAGAAACGUUCUCCAAUGAGCCUUGACAUUCACUCGAUUGCUCCUGUUGUUGGAGGGUGUGCUCUUCCGGACUCAUCCUCGGCGGCGAACCCAUUCUUUGGCAAUAUCCGUCAGAACAUGGAUCUCAUGGGAGGCGUUGGACAAAUCCCUCUGAAAGUCCCAGAUCAUUUGUCCGAAGCCAAGAGACAAGGUCUUCCUCCUUGGUUGCGAGAAGCUGCCGACAUCAAGGAUCAGGGCCGAAUAGUCUCAGAGAGGAAAUUCAGCUUUGGCCGGCAGCGCCUCAAAAAAUACCGCGUCGCCGGCAUUGAAAAGGGCACCAAGAACCGUUACAACGAUAUCUAUCCCUUCGACCAUACCCGAGUUCGGCUGGAGGGGAUCCCGUCGGGUGCUUGUGACUAUGUGAACGCAAACCAUAUCCAGGCAGAGCUUAGCAACCGGCGAUAUAUCGCCACCCAAGCCCCCGUACCAGACACAUUCAAUGACUUCUGGCGCGUAGUAUGGGAGCAAGAUGUUCGACUGAUCGUCUCGCUGACUGCCGAGCUCGAGCGAGGGCAAGUGAAGUGUCAUCCGUUCUGGAGAUCUGGAGAUUAUGGGCCUUUCUUGGUCAAGACUUACUCGGAGAGGUUCAUUCAUGUCGAGUCCAAGGGACGGUCAACCGACCCUACGGCGAAGAGCCCUUUGCCAUCGGAUGCACCGCCACAAAGUACCGACUCCUCCAAUGAGAAUCCCGUCAUCAUUGUGCGACACUUCAGCCUCUAUCACACUUCUUUCCCCUUCCAGCCACUUCGAGAUAUCACGCAGCUUCAGUAUCCUUACUGGCCUGACUUCGGGACUACUUCACAGCCGACACACCUUCUCAACCUGAUUGAGCAAUGCAAUAAGGUUAUUCGCUCCACCAGCACUCGAAGUUUUGGGAGUCAGCAUCCAGAGCCGAGUGGCCAGCGGCCGGUCCUAGUCCAUUGCAGUGCGGGCUGUGGUCGCACGGGCACUUUUUGUACAGUUGAUAGUGUGCUGGACAUACUGAAAAGCCAGCGGUCGCAGAACUCAGGCGCUAAUGAGUCCUCUGAAUUGACUUGUGAUACCAGCCUGGACCUCAUAACGAAAACAGUUGAGGACUUUCGAACCCAGAGGCCUAGCAUGGUACAAAACCUUAGUCAAUUCGUUCUCUGUUAUGAAAGCGUCCUCGAAUGGCUUGUCUCUCAGACAGACAAGAGUGGAUGA